AUGAACUGUUUUCAUGUCAUCGCAAGAUACAAAAAGCUAUUGUACUCACCGCCCAGUUGUCCUCUGUUAGAUCUUGGUGAAUUGAUGAAUUCUUCGAAUAGUAGGAUUGAUUUUUCCAAAAACGACAAAUCAAUGAAAUCUUCCAUUGCAGACAGCUCAUGUGUUGACUUUGAAAGACACGGUUGA